UAGUCCAGUAAAAACGGUGAAAUUGGAUACCUAGCAAUUUUUCGUUACUUCUUCAGACGUCAUUUCUCUCCACCCCUCGUCUCUCUGGCUCCCUGUGUGUCCUUACCGAAAAGCCGUGAAAUUCCUGAAGGUUUACACUUUUGUUUUUAUUGUUUUGGCGCACAAAUUAGUGGAUUUUCUUGGCUACUAAAAACCGUUAGGCUACUAAUGUAACUGCGCCACUUGUAACAAACGAUCAUUUCAAUCAUAACCGCAGAACACACGUUGGAUAGUCUUGCAGUUCAACGCCCUACUCCGGUUAAAGUGAACAAGAAAUUCAGAAUGAAAGAACCAGGGAAUGAACAUAAGGGUGGAAAGUAAGGAGGGAGAGGAGGAAGGAGAAUAAAGGGAAACUAGGAAGAUUGUUUUGGCUCAAGGAAGAGAUAUAAAGUUAUGUGGGCACAAUCAUCGUCUCCCACGGUUUGACAGGUCAAGAAGUUUCUACUCCCGGGGGAAUUUGAAGUGCCCCGUCCUCCCCAGAGCAGUGUGAAAUCUACCCACUCUGGAACUCUCUCCUACUGACACAAGAGAUGGAGGGAGUAAAGGAGAGAGAGAGGGAGCGGGGAGAGGAGAAAGAGAGCGACGAGAUGGAGGAAGAGGAGAAAGAGAGCGAGGCUGAAGAGGAAGGUGGUGAAGAGGAGGAGGAUGAAGAUGCAGAGGGAGCAGCGUUGGUGUGGCAGGAGGGCUCGUACGGAGAGGAUGACCUGGGCCUACCCAUAAUGCACUGGGAGGCGCUGAGCCUGCGCAUCGCCGAGCUAGAGAAACAGGAAGAGGAAAAGAGAGAGAAGACAAAGUCUUCCAGUGUCCUGGAACGAGGGAAGAUGCUGUCCAUGAGCCGGCCAGGAGAGAGAGAUCGAGGGAACAGUAAAGAGAGCUGGGAGGACGGAGGAGAGGCGGAGGACUGCAAUAGCCGCGUGACAGCCCUGACCGCUUGUCUUUCAAAUCAGAUGAACCUCCAGCUGUGCUUCAUCAAUGACAGCGGGAGCGAAGAAGAGGAGGAGGAUUCUGGGGUAACGAUUUGCACAAAGAAUUCCAAAAUGGUGGUAAAGAAUGGUUCCAGCGUGCAGGUGUCCCAGCAGCCCCAGUCCCCAGCUGCAACCAAAAGCAAAUCAUCAGGCUUCAAGGCUGCGCUGAGGGCACUCAAAAACAAGCUGAGAACAGAACAGAAACAGGAGAGCCUAGUGUGUGGUGAUCCACUGUUGAAGAAUAGAAAGCGAGACCAUAGUGACCUGCAGGCCUCCAGUCUCAAAGAACUCAACACUCACAGAAACUCUCUCAGUAAGGCAAUACAAGACCUGAGCACUGAGCUGGUGGUUCACCUCCAGGCUCGAGACCAGCUGAGGACGGAACAGGACGCCAUGCUGCUGGAGGUACAGGAUAUGACAUCACUCUGACCCAGUCCCAGGCAAGAUGGGGGACGGUUUGUGCCGCAGAUUUCGUACUAGAAAUUCCUCUCCAGGGUUCAAUCUCUAUGAGAAGGCCCAUCACUAUAGAAUCCUUCUAAUCAUUCUAAUUCUAUGGUGUCAUCACAUGAAAUGGAAUCCUGGUGUCGGUGAUGUCACAAUUAAUCGAUGACGGAUUAGACGCCGCUUCUUCAAACGAAAGGAUGAGUCAAAUCACUGUGAAGAGACUGCAUCACUCCUAAAGACUGUUGAAUUGAAUUGCACAGUGUUUUGUUUUUCUUUUUAUACCCAGUUACCAAAACUGGUUGAAAUGACAUCAUUACACCCAGUUUUACAUUCAUUAUGACAUCACGUCGACCAGUUUUGUUUUCCCUCUGUGUUUUUUUUGUUUGUGGGAAAUCAAAUGUGUAUGUCUGGACUGUUAAUGUUUUAGUGUUUUAGGGGGAAAUAACUGGAAUAUUAUAAGGGAUUAAUAAAUGACCAUUGCUUCCCAUGGAUCGAUCUAGCUCUAAUGUCAUUGUCAUCCAAAUGUUGAAAUGUAAUGGUUGUUUGCUAGCACAUUAUUCAAACUAUGCGUCAUAUUACACCAAAUAAAGCUGAUUCUGAUUGCAUAAUAA